ACAUGGCGCUGCUGGACUGUGUGGGGUCGGUCGUGGCGCAUUGUGGUUUUUCCGAUUGCUUGCACUACCUUGGCGAUAAGUAUGUCUUUGAAUUCAGAACUCAAGAGUUUACGGCUCAUCAACAUAAUGUAAACCCAGUCAUCAGAGGGAUCAUGACUUAUUGCUUUGCUUUCGAUUCUCUCGAUGAUAUACCACCCCGUGUCCUCUAUUUCGAGAAUACUGCAAACUGGGGUGCCAUUUACGUCUCACUCAUAUUAGCCACUUUGCUAUGGUGCACGAUUCUCAUUGUGUAUCGUAUUCUGAAAGUGGGCGGUAUUGCUGCAGGGAUGCGCGUGUAUCGCAGAGUGAUAGAGAUACUUGUGGAAUCCACGUCUCUCUAUUCUGCCAUCAUAGUCGCUCUGUUAGUGUUCGAGGUUCAUUAUGGGCCAGCGAUGGCUUACAUCAGUGAUUUGGCAGUUGUGAUGAGAGGAAUUGUGCCAACAAUUUUGGUUGGCUGCGUUGCAGCAGGGCAUGCACGCCCAGAUGACUCCUGGAACGAACCUACCACAGUAUCAUCACUUCGAUUCAAAAGUCGCUCAAGUUCGCAGAGUGACAGCCUUGAAAUGAGUGCUGGAUCUGAAUCGAACAUAUCUCCGUGCAUAACACCUGACUUAGAGAAUGGUCUGGAGGACGUAGAAGAUCAUUCGGCAUGCCGAGUCUUCAGGACGUCGAAUUCUAUAGAUCAUGGUGUCGUGUGAAGUACGACGUCGGAAAUAUACCCAUCAUUUAAAGGUAUCGAAGUUCAUGUAAUAUUACAGUUUAACGUUUAGAAAAUGAUGAUGACACUACGAAUUAGCUAUCAUUCAUAGGUCGAUGCUAGCUGUGACCGUAUGUACUUUCCGACUCGAGAUUAUCCGUGACCGUAGGCGAAAUCCGAAAUUUCAGUUAAAACCGCUUCCUAUACUUAAUCCAGAGCGGUCAGAAUGACGCGUCACUAUGAACCCAGUUGUCACUUGCUAGCUAAUAGGAAAUCACAAUUGGGGAAAAUAAAUGAUCGUGUGCUCCUGAUAUAGCAUGUACGCAGCCCUUGUUGAG